AUGCCGAAAGAAUAUUUGACAGCAUGUGGUCAUGGAAUUCAACCUUUUGAUGAUCACAAAAUUAUUAUAAUUGAUUAUAAUGAUUCAAAAACCACAAAUAGAACUACAACUUCCUCUGACGUGAUAAAAUCUAGUGAUGAGGUUUUAGUUUCAUUCCAGGCCAAAGGACUUACUGAUUCAUUUUUCAGAGAUUGUGCAAAAUGUCGCAGAAGUUUGGAAAAAAAUAAAUUCAUAAUUUUUCUUCCUUCUCCAAAUAAAAUCAAAGUUCAAAAACAAAUAAAAUCCAUAAAAGAAUCCAUUACAAUUUAUAACAUUAUUAUAACCCAAUUAGAAUAUUUGACAGCAUGUGGUCAUGGAAUUCAACCUUUUGAUGAUCACAAAAUUAUUAUAAUUGAUUAUAAUGAUUCAAAAACCACAAAUAGAACUACAACUUCCUCUGACGUGAUAAAAUCUAGUGAUGAGGUUUUAGUUUCAUUCCAGGCCAAAGGACUUACUGAUUCAUUUUUCAGAGAUUGUGCAAAAUGUCGCAGAAGUUUGGGAGAAUUUAUAGGACAAAAUUACAAAGAUGAUAAAAUUACAAAUAUGGUAGAAAAUAUAAUUAGAACUUAUGGAUUAGAAAUUAUGAGAUAA